AAAAACCAAUUUUUUUUUCAAAGCGCCAUUUUAUAAAUUCUUUAUAAUAAAUGUAUGGCUUUCUUAGAUUUACUUAAAAGCUAUACUCAUAAACUUUACAAAAAAUUUUGGUUUUUUUCUUUUAGCCGAUGUUACUGGAUGUUAUCAUGCACGCAGUGUGGAAAGAAUUUUUCAAGACAAUUGUGCAUUUUUGCUUACAACUUAUAAUUAAAUAAAUAAAAUUUUGUUUAUAAUAAAAUAAAAAUUGUUUUAAGUACCUAAAGACAGGCACAAUAAGUGAUAAAAAUCGCAAAAAGAUCCAUUGCUUAGUUUCAUUUUUUUUUUUUAAUCAUAAAUAAAGUGCUUAAUUUUGGCACCAUAAUCGAGGUCCCCUUAUCGGGGUAGAAAUAUCCAGACGAAUUUUCACAAGCAAAUAUCUAUGUAGCGAUAAUUUCCGUCACCCUUAAUGCCGCCAGUUUUCAAAAAUUUAAGAUUUCUUUAUCCACUUGCAAAUAAAAGGAAUGACAAUCUGAAUCAAUUUAUUCUUUUUUAGCGCAUCAUAUAAAUUAAGAUAAUAUAUAAUUUAUCUUAUAUUUAUAAUUUAAUAUUAUAAUUUAUCUUUUAUUACGGUUAAGGAAGAUGUUUCAAAAGUGAGAUGGGAGAGCUUAUUGCUGCUCCAGAAAUUUGUUCAAAGAAUUCUUGAAAUUGAAAAUAAGAUGACGUUAAACAGUGUUCUAUUAAUGGAAGGAGAUUCGUAGAAAUUCUGUCGGAUUUUCCGAUAAUGUUCAAAGUGUCCUGGACUGAAGCAUUUGACUGAACAAUGAGACUAUAUCAAAGCUUACAAGGAUAUCAUUAGUUCUUAUUUUGAUUUUAAUAAUUUUGUUCACGAAAUCUAUUGAAUUCUUAAUAUUAAAGUCAUUAAGUCCAGUAAGUUCUUGGAGAGGUUUAGUGAAAUAGUGGGCCAAAUUCUUUGGAAAUUAAAUUUGUAAGAAUUUGAGAAGGAAAAUCUGCAUUUUUCAAAAAAAGAAAUUGUUUUCUUCUCUAUAGUAGAAGUCAGGUGGCGUUUAAGUUUUUUAUAAAUUUUGUGAUCCGAGAGCAUGGCCUUGAUUCUAUUGCAAUAGUUUUUCUUGUCCAUAACUACCGUGGUGUUCCCUUUAUCUACUGGUAGAAUUAAAAUAUUGUUUUGUUUUAGAUUUCUGAAUGCUAAGCGUUCUUCUCUGCUUAUAUGGGGAUAUUGUUUCCUUUCCUCAUUGUUACAAAAUACUCUCCCCUAACAAUAAUAAUAAGUAAAAUUAUUAUAUAAACUUGUGUGUUUCUAUAUUUAUUGUUCCUUUUUGUUGUUCACGCUCUGUUCAUACUCACGUACAAAUUUAUCCUCAUAAAAGCAUAUACGUAGCUAUUCAAGGCAAGACGUUAGUAUAAUAAUAAUAUAUUUUGUACGAUUACAUCGGAUGUUUUGAUUUCGCAUCGGUCAUUCAAUUUUAUUUAAAUAUAUUUAUAUUCUCUCUCUUUCACUUUCGUUUAAACGGAAAUACUUUGAAUUACAAAAUAAUAAAAAGGGCAUAUGACGAUAAUGAGCAUUAUAAAAUCUUAUUAGCUUAAUAAUCACUUCUAAUUUAAAUAAAUGUAACUUAAGUAAGUAUAAUUUGAGUAAAUAAAUGUUCAUUAUUUUAUAUAAAUAACAGUUGUUUAAAGAAGACUCGUCAGAGUCAUUCUUUAUUUGUAAUUCGAACAAUAUCAGUGAUUGCAAAUAUAAAAAUCCAAACAUUCGACAGUACAUAAAAACAGUCAAAGAUAAAUACAAUACAUAAAAUACACAUAGCAUUUUUUUAGAUUAUCUAAGAAAAUAAGUAAAACCAUGAGUGGUAAAGGAACAUAUGGAUCGUGGAAUGGUAUUAAUUCCGGUGAAGAGAUCGUUAUUUCUGGUAUUGCUGGCAGAUUUCCAAGUUCAGAUAAUUUGUAUCAGUUACGAGAUAAUCUAUUUAAUAAAGUUGAUCUUAUCAAAGCAAAUCAUCUCCGAUGGAAUAUAAAUCAUCCGGAUAUUCCAACCCGUAUGGGAACAAUUAACAAUAUAAAAAAAUUUGAUGCAGAUUUCUUUGGAAUAUCUGUAGAGCAAGCACACGUAUUCUCGCCCGAUAUAAGAAUGUUACUAGAACAUACUUACGAAGCUAUUAUCGAUGCAGGAGUUAAUCCAAAACAACUACAAGGAACAAAUACUGCCGUAAUCAUAGGGCUAAUUUAUAGUGAAACACAAGGGGAAUUUAUGUUUCAUAAUGUUAAGUCAGGUGGUAAAAAUGUUAUUGGAGGUUCCAAAUCUAUGACCGCAAACAUGAUUUCAUACUUCUUGAAUCUGAAAGGACCAUCAACUACUAUCGAUUCAGCGUGCAGUUCGAGCCUGCACGCCUUGGCCUAUGGUUACGAUUGCAUUAUGUCUGGCUUAUGCGAAGACGCGAUAAUUGGAACUACAAAUCUAUGUUUACAUCCCAUGAUGACCUUACAUUUCGCACGUCUAGGUAUUUUUUAAAUUAAUUCAUGAUACACUAGCUAAAAUUUUUAACUUGGAAAAAAAGUUAAUAAGUUAAAAUUUGUGUUUCAAUAACCAGUUAAACUUAAAAAUUAAAUUAUU